CACUGCAACAAACAAGAACUCAAUUAAUCAAAAAGCAAAUAUUGUUUUAAAAAUAUAGAAAUAUCUAUGUUACGUAUUACAAUAGUGAUAUUCCAUCAACUUUAUUAUAACAAUGGACGUGUGAUACUAAAUACGGAACAAAAGUAAUAAGCAAUUAAUGAAAAUGACUAAAUCGGAGUAUCCAAGUGAAAAACCACCAAAAGUAGAAGAUGAUAAUAAAGAAGAAAAUGAAACUUCCCCGUUAAAGCCCGAAGAAAAUGUGUCCAGUGAAAAAGAAAAAGAAACUAAAAAGGUAACACUUCUACAAAAGAUCAAAAAUAUUAAGGAUAACGUAACCGUGGAGCCUAUAAUGGCAUGCUACGUGAUGCCUAGUGUUUUAGCAUCACUCGCCGUACAAAAUUUAAACUUAGAGAAGGCGUGUCUUGUAAACUUGAAUUUCAGCAGUGAAGUUUGCGAAGCGUUAAAAUUGAGACAAACAGAAAAUUACACAGAAUAUGAGGAGCAAGUCCAAACUUUAACGGCGGAGGUGCAGGCUUGGAAGAACGUAGUGCAGACAGCCAUCCCCGUUUUAAUAAUAUUGUUCGUCGGUGCAUGGAGUGAUAGAACCGGCAAGCGAAAAGCAUGUAUAAUGAUACCGAUAGUUGGAGAAUUCGUUGGAUGCCUCGGUUUGAUUAUCAGCACCAUUUUUUUCUAUGAACUACCAGUUGAAUUCACAGCCCUAGCGGAAUCUUUACCCUCAGCUCUCACUGGUGGCUGGUAUACAAAUUUUGUGGGCGCCUUCAGUUACAUAGGAGACAUAACUACUAAGGAAGAAAGAACAUACAGAGUGGGAAUCGUUAACUUGUGCAUGUCUCUCGGUUACCCCGUAGGAAGUGCUCUAAGUGGAGUUCUACUAUCGUGGCUCGGCUACUACGGGGUAUUCGGUAUAUCUCUUAGUUUGUAUGUGUUUAGUAUAGCAUACGGGUAUUUAUGCCUGAAAGAUCCCAUCAAAAAAGACGCAGUAGUGAUCGAAGGAGGAUGUUUCAAUUUUUUGCGCGAAUUUUUCAACUUUCGCCUCGUACUUGAAACUUUUAAAGUGGCCUUCCGAAAAGGCCCUGGAAAUAGACGUCUCCGAGUGUGCUUACUUCUUCUGUGCGUUUGUGUCAUUUUUGGACCUAUGCAAGGUGAAUUCACCAUCAUGUACCUGUUCACGAGGUACAGGUUCAACUGGGACGAGGUCAAGUACAGCAUCUGGUCUACCUAUAGUAUCGUUACGAAUUUAAUUGGGACCGCGUUUUCUAUGAGUUUGUUCAGUAAUUAUUUGAAAUUCGACGACACUGUUCUGGGAAUAAUAUCACUGACGAGCAAAAUAUGUGCAUCUUUCGCCUAUGCUUUUGCCAGAAACGACCUUGAAAUUUAUAUUGCACCGCUCAUUGAAAUUUUAAAUGGAACAUCGUUUAUAGCGAUGCGGUCGAUAGCUACUAAAUUAGUAUCUGGCGAAGAAUUAGGUAAGGUGAACUCAUUAUUCGGUCUGGCGGAGGCGAUGACGCCUCUCGUGUACGGCCCUCUGUACUCGAGGGUGUACAUAAUGACGCUGAACGUUCUGCCCGGAGCGGUGUUCUUACUGGGCUCGCUCCUCAUCAUGCCGGCGGUUGGGAUUUUUAUAUGGCUAUUUUUCGAACACAGGAAAGACAAAAAAAGACAUUUGGAAUCCACACAAACAGAUGAAAAGAAUGUGUGUUAAAGAAGAAUAGAAUCGAAUAAUUUUCGAAGAAGAGUUUUGUAGUGAUUGAGGCGGAAGAAUAUUUGAAUGUUGAACAAAAUGUCAUGCACAUUUCUAGAAAUAUAAGCACUUUUUUAAAAAUAAAAAAAUGAUAUU